CUAGAUUAGGGUCCAAAGAGCAAGCAAACGGACGACAUCAACAAAUUGAGUGAGGACGGUUGGAAGAAUAAUGGCAAGUCCCGUUUUAACAGCUGUGAAGUAUGCAAAUGCCACAAGGUGCAUUUUCAGAGAUGCAGUUAGAUGUGUCAGCACCACUUCUUCUCUACAGUCUCCCCGGAGACCUAAAACUGGAGGGAGAAACAUUGUCCUUAUAGAUGGAGUCCGUACACCUUUCCUCCAGUCCAGUACCACCUACAAAAACCUGAUGCCUCAUGAUCUAGCCAGAACAGCUCUCAAAGGUUUACUGAAAAGAACAGCUGUUAACACAACUGAUAUUGAGUAUGUAGUGAUUGGAACGGUCAUUCAGGAAGUCAACACCAGCAACAUAGCUAGGGAGGCCUCUCUGGGGGCAGGAUUUUCACAGAGGACACCAGCUCAUACAGUGACCCAAGCCUGCAUUUCUUCCAAUCAAGCUAUAUCUACAGGUGUUGGAAUGAUUGCCUCAGGACAGAUGGAUGCAGUGAUAGCAGGAGGGGUGGAGUUUAUGUCAGAUGUACCGAUCAGAUGGGGGAGGAAGCUUAGGCAAAUGGCUCUAAAAAUGAACAGAACAAAGGGGGCCCAGGCUCAGCUGUCCCUCCUCAUCAGAACACUGGCCACCAAACCCAAUCUUCUGGAGAUUCCUGCUGUGGCUGAGUUCUCCACGGGUGAAGUCAUGGGCCACUCAGCUGACAGACUAUGCGCUGCCUUUGGAAUCAGCAGAAUUGAACAGGAUGAGUAUGCCUUGAGAUCACACACCAAAGCUCACUGGGCAUCAGAAAAAGGCCUGUUGUCUGAUGUUAUACCAUACAAAGUGCCAGGUGUUGCUGAAACAGUAGUAAAAGAUAAUGGCAUCAGACCCUCAUCAGUGGAGCAGAUGAGUAAACUAAAGGCAGCUUUCAUCAAGCCCCACGGAACAAUUACAGCAGCCAAUUCCUCCUUCCUGACUGAUGGAGCCUCAGCAUGUUUGAUAAUGUCAGAAGAGAAGGCCUUACAGCUGGGAUUUAAACCCAAGGCCUAUCUUAGAGAGUUUGUAUAUGUGUCUCAAGACCCUAAAGAUCAGCUCUUGCUGGGUCCAGCUUAUGCAACCCCGAAAGUUUUAGAAAAGGCAGGACUGGCCAUGUCUGACAUUGAUGUGUUUGAGUUCCAUGAGGCAUUUGCUGGUCAGAUUUUAGCGAACCUGAAGGCCAUGGACUCCGACUACUUUGCUAAAAACCACAUGAACAGAUCUGAAAAGGUAGGGACCCCAGAUCUGUCAAAGUUUAACCUUUGGGGAGGCUCCCUCUCAAUUGGUCAUCCCUUUGGUGCCACCGGGGUGAGACUGGUCACAACAGCAGCCAAUAGACUUAUUGAUGAGGAUGGACAGUUGGCCCUUGUAGCAGCUUGUGCAGCGGGGGGCAUAGGGCAUGGAAUGAUUGUAGAAAGAUAUCCACAAAAGUGAAAAUCUCUUUGAUCAAUGCAGAUUGUGAUAUAAACUCUCAUAUGUUGGACUUCCUCUGGUGUGUUGUCUAGUGGAAGAACUACAGUGCAUAAUGUUAGCACUCUAUUUGUACAGAAUAUCAUUCUUGUAUUUAUUUCAUUAAACAUGACUCCAUUCUACUUAGUAUGUUCAGUUAAAAAUAUUUCUCAUAUUUGCAAUGUUCAUACAUGUAUUAAGGGAUGUUUCAUGGGUCUUAUUAAAGCAAAUCAAUACAAUCA